AUGGCUGACACGUGCUGUACCAGGACAUGUAUCAUUGCUGCCUCCACCAUCUCUGUCUGCUCCAGUGACCUAGGGGGAGGCAGCCGGGUCUGCACACCCAUUACUUGCACUGACCCCUGGCAGGUGGACAAGGGUCAAGAAAGUUGCUGUGAGCCCCCCUGCUGUGUCCCCAACUGCUGCCAGCCCAGCUGCUGUGCCCCGGCCCCCUGCCUGAGCCUGGUCUGUACCCCCUGCUGUCAAUUAGGCUGCACCAGCUCCUGCACACCCACAUGCUGCCAGCAGUCCAGCUGCCAGCCAGCUUGCUGCUCCUCCUCCUGCCAGCAGUCCUGCUGCACACCUGCCUGCUGCACACCCGUCUGCUGCAAGCCUGUCUGCUGCACACCCGUCUGCUGCACACCCGCCUGCUCUGGUGCUUCCUCCUCCUGCUGCCAGCAGUCUAGCUGCCAGCCAACUUGCUGCUCUUGCUCUCCCUGCCAGUCAUCCUGCUGCACACCCACGUGCUGCAAGCCUGUCUGCUGUGUGCCCGUCUGCUGCAAGCCCGUCUGCUGCACGCCCUCCUGCUCCUCUGUGUCCCUGCUCUGCCACCCUGUGUGCAGACCCACCUGCUGCAUUCCGGCCUCCUCCUGCUGUACCUCUUCCUGCCAACCCAGCUGCUGUCACCCGGCCUCCUGUGUGUCCUUGCUCUGCCGCCCUGCCUGCCCCCGCCCAGCCUGCUGUGGCCUCUCCUUGGGCCAGAAGUCCUGCUGCUGA